AUGUUCCUCUGUUGGCUGUUGGCACUGAAUGUAUGUCUUGCAUAUGCUGCUGAGAGUAUACCACCUUUUAAUGUUCAAAACAGCGAGUUAGUAGAGAUUUCGAAAAAAUUGCGAGAUGCUGAUGAGAAUAGAGCUCUGCCUGGGCAGAUCUACAUCAGCUAUCAAGCACAUACUACCACCAGAAACGAUGAGGAUAAUGCUAGACGAGACUUUUUCACAAAAGUGGAUCCAUCGGUUCUGAGAAAGACCAGCUACGAGCAGUUUAUCGCUUUAUCGAAUAAUUUCGUUAGAGAGGCUGGCAUCUCUGAGCCUAGAGUUCCUGUUUCAGAGGAAAAAAGGGAAACAUCCGCAUUUUUAACCACUGUCCUUCAAUCAAAACCAUGGAAAAUUCUAUACGAAUUUUUGAGAAAGAAAAAACAUCCAUUUGCGAAAGAUCCUAUAACAUUCCGCUAUUGGAUGGCGCAACUGUGGUUCGUCCACUAUUCACGUGCACGUGGGAGAGCGGACACUUCAGGAUUCGAACACGUGUUUAUUGGAGAGGUAAUGCACUAG